AUGAUUGUGCUAUUAUUCUUUGCCCUGCUCUGGAUGGUGGAAGGAGUCUUUUCCCAGCUACACUACACGGUACAGGAGGAGCAGGAGCAUGGCACUUUCGUAGGAAAUAUCGCUGAAGAUCUGGGCUUGGACAUUACAAAACUUUCGGCUCGCAGGUUUCAGACGGUGCCCAACUCUCGGACCCCUUACUUGGACCUCAACCUGGAAACCGGGGUGCUGUACGUGAACGAGAAGAUCGACCGCGAGCAAAUCUGCAAGCAGAGUCCCUCCUGCGUCUUGCACCUGGAGGUCUUCCUGGAGAACCCCCUGGAGCUGUUCCGGGUGGAGAUAGAAGUGCUGGACAUUAAUGACAAUCCCCCCUCUUUCCCGGAGCCGGACCUGACGGUGGAAAUCUCUGAAAGCGCCACGCCGGGCACCCGCUUCCCCUUGGAGAGCGCAUUCGACCCAGACGUGGGAACCAACUCCUUGCGAGACUACGAGAUUACCCCCAACAGCUACUUCUCCCUGGACGUGCAGACCCAAGGGGAUGGCAAUCGAUUUGCCGAGCUGGUGCUGGAGAAGCCACUGGACCGAGAGCAGCAAGCGGUGCACCGCUACGUGCUGACCGCGGUGGACGGUGGAGGAGGGGGAGGAGGAGAAGGUGGGGGAGGCGGCGCGGGAGUGGGCCUGCCCCCCCAGCAGCAGCGCACGGGCACGGCCCUACUCACCAUACGAGUGCUGGACUCCAAUGACAAUGUGCCUGCUUUCGACCAACCCGUCUACACUGUGUCCCUACCAGAGAACUCGCCCCCGGGCACGCUCGUGAUCCAGCUCAACGCCACAGACCCAGACGAGGGCCAGAACGGUGAGGUCGUGUACUCCUUCAGCAGCCACAUUUCACCCCGGGCGCGGGAGCUCUUCGGACUCUCGCCGCGCACCGGCCGGCUGGAGGUGAGCGGCGAGCUGGACUAUGAAGAGAGCCCGGUUUACCAAGUGUAUGUGCAAGCCAAGGACCUGGGCCCCAACGCCGUGCCUGCACACUGCAAGGUACUGGUGCGAGUGCUGGAUGCUAACGACAACGCGCCGGAGAUCAGCUUCAGCACCGUGAAGGAGGCGGUGAGCGAGGGCGCGGCGCCCGGCACGGUGGUGGCCCUGUUCAGCGUCACCGACCGCGAUUCAGAGGAGAAUGGGCAGGUACAAUGCGAGCUGCUAGGGGACGUGCCGUUCCGCCUCAAGUCUUCCUUCAAGAAUUACUACACCAUCGUGACCGAGGCCCCCCUGGACCGAGAGGCGGGGGACUCCUACACCCUGACCGUGGUGGCCCGGGACCGGGGCGAACCAGCACUCUCUACUAGUAAGUCGAUCCAGGUACACGUGUCGGAUGUGAACGACAACGCUCCGCGCUUCAGCCAGCCGGUCUAUGAUGUGUAUGUGACCGAGAACAACGUGCCGGGCGCCUACAUCUACGCGGUGAGCGCCACAGACCGCGAUGAGGGCGCCAACGCCCAGCUAGCCUACUCUAUCUUGGAAUGCCAGAUCCAGGGCAUGAGCGUCUUCACCUACGUGUCCAUCAACUCUGAGAACGGCUACUUGUACGCCCUGCGUUCUUUCGACUACGAGCAGCUGAAAGACUUCAGCUUUCAGGUAGAAGCCCGGGACGCCGGCAGCCCCCAGGCUCUGGCGGGCAAUGCCACCGUCAACAUCCUCAUAGUGGAUCAGAACGACAACGCCCCUGCUAUCGUGGCGCCUCUACCGGGGCGCAACGGGACUCCGUCGCGCGAGGUGCUGCCCCGCUCGGCAGAGCCGGGUUACCUGCUCACCCGUGUGGCCGCGGUGGACGCAGACGACGGUGAGAACGCUCGGCUCACCUACAGCAUCGUGCGGGGCAACGAAAUGAACCUCUUCCGCAUGGACUGGCGCACCGGGGAGCUCCGCACAGCGCGCCGGGUGCCGACCAAGCGCGACCCCCAGCGGCCUUAUGAGCUUGUGAUCGAGGUGCGCGACCACGGGCAGCCGCCCCUGUCCUCCACGGCCACCCUGGUGGUUCAGCUGGUGGAUGGCGCCGUGGAGCCCCAGGGCGGGGGCGGGGGCGGAGGAGGAGGGUCAGGGGAGCACCAGCGCCCCAGCCGCUCUGGCAGCGGGGAAACCUCGCUAGACCUCACCCUCAUCCUCAUCAUCGCACUGGGCUCGGUGUCUUUCAUCUUCCUGCUGGCCAUGAUCGUGCUGGCAGUGCGUUGCCAGAAAGAGAAGAAACUUAACAUCUACACGUGUCUGGCCAGCGAUUGCUGCCUCUGCUGCUGCUGCUGCGGCGGUGGGGGUUCGACCUGCUGCGGCCGCCAAGCCCGGGCGCGCAAGAAGAAACUCAGCAAGUCGGACAUCAUGCUGGUGCAGAGCUCCAAUGUACCCAGUAACCCGGCCCAGGUGCCGGUGGAGGAGUCUGGGGCCUUUGGCUCCCACCACCACAGCCAGAAUUACUGCUACCAGGUCUGCCUGACCCCGGAGUCCGCCAAGACCGACCUGAUGUUCCUUAAACCCUGCAGCCCAUCGCGAAGUACGGACACUGAGCACAACCCCUGCGGGGCCAUCGUCACUGGAUACACCGACCAGCAGCCCGACAUCAUCUCAAACGGAAGCAUUUUGUCCAACGAGACUAAACACCAGCGAGCAGAGCUCAGCUAUCUAGUUGACAGACCUCGCCGAGUUAACAGUUCUGCAUUCCAGGAAGCCGACAUAGUAAGCUCUAAGGACAGUGGUCACGGAGACAGUGAACAGGGAGACAGUGAUCAUGAUGCCACCAACAGAGGCCAGUCAGCUGGCAUGGAUCUCUUCUCCAACUGCACUGAGGAAUGUAAAGCACUGGGCCACUCAGAUCGGUGCUGGAUGCCUUCUUUUGUCCCUUCUGAUGGACGCCAGGCUGCCGAUUAUCGCAGCAAUCUCCAUGUUCCCGGCAUGGACUCUGUUCCAGACACUGAGGUGUUUGAAACUCCAGAAGCCCAGCCUGGGGCAGAGAGGUCUUUCUCCACCUUCGGCAAAGAGAAGGCCCUUCACAGCACGCUGGAGAGGAAGGAGCUGGAUGGACUGCUGUCUAAUACCCGAGCGCCUUACAAACCACCAUAUUUGAAUCAUUUCCAUCAUCUUUCUUAUUUUGUAAAUUGGAAGUAA